AAAUAUAAAAGGGGAGAUAAGUCGCAGUAGUGUCUUCUUGAAGAGCAGCAGCGAGUAGAGAAAGGUCCAGAGCUUCAGAUCAGUUUUCUCAGUGAGAUCUCACAGAUUCUCAUCUUCAUCAUGACCGUCAUCUCUCUGCUCCUGUUGGGCUCUCUGCUGCCACACCUGAGCUACUCUAUCAGUGAGAAUGGCACUGAAGCACGACCUCACUCUAGACCUUACAUGGUUUCUGUUCAGGAGAAUGGAAAACAUACCUGUGGUGGAUUCCUCAUCUCUGAUCAGUUUGUCAUGACUGCCUCACACUGCCAUACAGAUGAAGCUCUGACAGUUUUGACAGGUGUCCAUGAUUUAACAAAGAAAGGGAGAACUAUCCGCUUUAAUGUGAAGUCCUAUCACCUGCAUUUAGACCACACAACUGGUAAUAAGGCUGAUCUCAUGAUUUUGGAGCUGGAUGAAAAAGUCCAACUAAAUGACACCGUCAAGACGAUUCCCAUACCAACAACACCGGAGGAGAUCGAAGUGGACACAAACUGCAGUAUUGCAGGCUGGGGAGAAUUGUCACAUUAUGGUCCCAUAAGUUUAACCCUCAGGGAGGCAGACAUGAUGAUUAUGAAUAACACAGAGUGUCAAACUCAAUGGGAAGAUGUUUAUAUACCUUCACAAAUGAUCUGCGUGUACAGCGAAGGAGGAAUCUGUCUGGGUGAUUCAGGAGGUCCUUUGGUUUGUAACAAUACCGCAGUGGGUAUAACAGCCUUCGGUAGCGAAAACUACUGCAACGAUCCCGAUCAACCUAAUGUUUUUACUAAAAUUUCUGAAUUUCUUCCAUGGAUCCAGAACGUAAUUAGCAGUUCUAACUGACUUUAAAAUAUAUUUUUAUUUUCAUUUAUGUGAAGCCUGUAUUUGUAAUCCAUUAUAAGAGCAUUCUUAACGCAUUAUACUGUAAUGCCUAUAUAAUGUUGUAUUGUUGUAUACAUAUCGUUACAACAGUGAGUUGUCUGCCAAAUAUGUGAAUGUAAAAGCAGUUUUAGCCAAUUAAAUGUAUAAACCCAAAGAUAAGGGACUAUCUAUAAAGUUCACGUUACGUAUAAAUGCACAAGCAUUUUGAUUGGCUGCAAUGGUCAAACGUCACCUCGUGACGUUGUGUGGUAAAUAAGUUAAAAGGACAACACAAAGUUGAGUUCAAAGCAACACAAAAUGUGUUGUCCUUAACAAGACACAGAGAUGUGUUCAGUUAAGGACAGGUUGUGUUGUUUAAUUCAGAGAUCAUGUCUAACCAGUGUGUGCUAAAUUUAAUGCGGUUGUACAUCCACAAAGACCACAAACAUAUCACCUAUCAUUAUCACACCUUUUAAAGUGAGAUACACGUCAAGCUGUGAAAGAGAAAAUACACUAAUCCUACUCUACACGGGCACAAAAACUACCCACUUGGAUGGAAAAUCAACCCUUAACAGUAAAAACCUUUACUACUCCAAAACAGCCUUCUAGAGAAACAUCAUGAUCAUCUCACUACUUUU